AGUAAAACUAAGUCGAUAUUUUGCCUCGGUACACACUGAACGGAAGUGUCCGGAAUUUACGUAAAGUUUGGAGGUCGUGUUUUGGAAGGACAUCAUGUUUGCUGCAGCUUGCAGAAGAGUAGUUUCGUCUGUUAGCCAGCAGGUCAGAAGCUUUCACCGAGCUGCUCCAGCAUGCAGUGAUCAUUUAUUUGUGCACCGGGAUACACCCAUCAACAAUCCUGAUAUCAAGUUUGAAUUCUCACAAGAGAAUAUAGAUAGGUGCAAUGUCAUAAUUGCCAACUACCCUGAAGGUCAUGAAUCUGCUGCAGUGAUUCCCAUGCUGGACCUGGCCCAGAGGCAACAUGGCUGGCUCCCUAUAUCUGCCAUGCACACAGUGGCUGAAAUGUUGAAAAUGCCACGGAUGAGAGUUUAUGAGGUUGCUACAUUCUACACCAUGUUUAACAGGGAGCCUGUCGGCAAGUACUUUGUGCAGAUCUGCACCACAACACCCUGCCAGCUUGGAGGAGUCGGGUCUGAUGUCAUUUUAGAAUGUAUCAAGAAAAAUUUAGGUAUCGAUGUUGGUCAGACAACUAAAGAUGGGAUGUUCUCUCUCAUGGAGGUGGAGUGUCUUGGAGCCUGUAUCAACGCUCCCAUGGUACAGAUCAACGAUAACUACUAUGAGGACCUGACAGUUGGUGACAUGGACAAAAUACUGAAUGAAAUCAAGUCAGGCAAGAUGCCACAGGCAGGGCCUCAGAGUGGACAGGAUUGGCGCUUUUCCUCAGAGCCAAAAGGAGGGCUGACAAGUCUGACAGAACCCCCAAAAGGACCUGGCUUCGGCUUGCAGGAGGGGCUAUGAGUGGGUGUGUGUGUAGAUGGUGAUAUGGAGUGCACUGACAUUAAAACUGAGCUGCCGACCAUCAACAGAACCUGUUGAAUCGAGGAGAUACAGGCAGUUGUUCGUUUAUUGUAUGAUAGAAAAUAAUAAAUAUUGUGAAUAUUU